AGCAGGAGGUGGAGUUAUCUGUUGAUGAAAUUAUCCCUGGUCUCAAAGAAUGUCAGCUUAGUCUUAUAGGUAAAAUUCAUGGGGAUAAGAAAGCUAACCUCAAUGGUCUGAAAACUACUUUAAAUAGUAUUUGGACCACAAGGAAAGAAUUUCAUAUCAGAAGCUUGAGUAAUAAUAAGUUUCAAUUUCUGUUUCAGCGUGAGGAAGAUAGGGAUAGGAUUUUGCAAGGGAAAACUUGGUCCUUUGAUGGACAAUAUAUUCUAAUGAAACUUUGGAGUCCUAUAUCUAAUGACUUUUCCUAUGAAGAAGAAGUCAUUAAGGUUUGGGUUCACAUUUUGAAUCUUCCAUUGCACUGGACUUCUUUUGAUAUAGGGUUGAAAAUAGGGAAAAGGAUUGGAAAGACUCUGGAUUUCCAACUCCCUGGGACAAGUGAUCAAUUAGGGCACAUUAUGAAAGUGUUAGUGGAAUUUAAUGUGAAUGAACCUCUCCCUAGGGGUUCUCUGAUCAAAGUUGGCUCUGAUUCCACUUGGGUGGAUUUCAGAUAUGAGAACCUGCAAACCUUUUGUUUUUAUUGUGGCAAGCUGGGUCAUUCUGAUAAGAAUUGUGAGAUUAAGAGUGGGGAUGUUAAAAACAAUGAGGUGAAUAUAGGGCAAUAUGAGGAAUGGUUAAGGGCUAGAAUUGUGUCUUCUGGUCACUCUAGAAGUCCUAGCUCUUUGAACCAGGGCAGUCAAUCUAGUGAAAAGGAUAAAUUGACUAGAUCUAAUCAGUUGGUGGCUAGGAGUGAAGUGGGUGAAAGGCUGAGAAAUAGUGUGUCCUCUAAUCAGGACACUCAACAGGGAGGAGAGAAAGGUAUUACCCAACUUGAGACCCCCUUACCUAUGGAAGAGACUGCUCAGGCAGUCUUUGAGAAUCCUAUCCUUAUUCCUAAGGGUAGUGAAGGGGCUUCUGCCUCUAAGAACCCUGACUCAUCUGAUGGUGAUCUUGUAGAAGUUACCAUUCUGCCUACCGUCAUGGAAGGGAAUACUGGGUCAAGAAAAAAGGCUACUUUUUCUAGGAAGCCUAGAUCCAGUAAGGGCUUGACCUCUGAGAUUAUGCAAGUGGAUAAGAAUGGGGAGGUGGAAAAAAAAAUUAUUAUUACUAUGUGUAAAAAUCUUAGAUUGCAUGACAAUUGGUUUUAUGUUAAGCCUGAAGGCAGGAAGGGAGGAUUAUUUCUGACUUGGUCUGAUAAUAUUUCCUUGAUUGAAGUUAACAGCUUAGGCUUUUGUUUAGAAGUGUGCUUUAGUUUUAAGGGCUUUUCUGAUAUUUUUUGGGGAGUGUUUGUCUAUGCUAGCACAGAUAAUGUUGUGAGAGCUAGACAAUGGGAGGUUCUUGUUAGACACAGUCUUACUUGGGGUAGCUUUUGGUUCUUAUGUGGAGAUUUCAAUGAUAUUUUGUGUCAAGCUGAUAAGAAUGGGGGGGUGAGAAGAGAGGAGGCUAGUUUUUCCAAUUUCAGGGAUUUUAUUAGGACUUUAGGGGUUGUGAAAAUCAUGUCAGUGGGGCAGCCAUUCACCUGGUCUAAUAACAAGAGAGGUUCUGCUUUUGUUGAGGAAAAAUUAGACAGAUUUUUUGUGUCCCCUGAUUUGAUUAU